GCCUUCCUGGCCCGGGGGAGGGAGAUGCGGCUUCUGGCCCUGGCCGGAGUUCUCCUGCUGGCCCGGGAUCCACACUCAGAUAUCUGCAAAGCCCUCAAUGUCACAGUCUCACCGGGGCCAACGGUUGGAUACGUCGAGGGAGAAAAUGCCAGCCUUUUUUGCCACAUUUCCCAGAAAAGAAAGAAGGACAAUUUACUGGCCGUCCGCUGGUUCUUUGCCCAGUCCCCUUCUUCUCAGGAUACUAUAAUGAUUAAAAUGACUAAGCUUGGAAUAGUCCAAUACUAUGGAAAUUAUUCCAGUAGUGUUAACCGGCAAAGACUUCGCCUUUUCAAAGAAGGGCUGAGCAAUAUAUACCAAUUUUUCAUUUUAAAUCUUCAGCCCACAGACCAAGGACGGUAUACAUGCAAAGUGCAAGAAAUUGGGAAACACAGGAAUAAAUGGACAGCAUGGGCAAAUGCUUCAGCCACUACAGAAGUAAGAGUUAUUUCUCCUGAUGAUUCCAACUUUAAGAAGAAAGACACCUGGGCAUUCUUUGAAGAUUUGUAUAUGUAUGCGGUCCUUGUAUGCUGCAUUGGAAUUCUCAGUGUACUCCUGUUCACACUCAUUAUCCUCUGCCAAUCUUUAGUUAACAAGAGGAGAUCAAGAGUGAAACACUAUUUGGUGAAGUGUCCCCAGAACAGCUCUGGGGAGACUGUCACCAGUGUGACCAGCCUGUCACCACUCCAGCCCAAGAAAGUUAAGAAAAAGAAGGCGAAACUGGACAUCCCUCCUGCCAUUCCAGAGAAAGCUCCAAUAGCCAAUGCUUUCCACAAACCAAAGCUGCUGAAGCCACAAAGGAAAGUAGUUUUGCCAAAAAUUACGGAGGAAAAUCUAACUUACGCUGAACUGGAGCUGAUUAAGCCACACCAAGUGACCAAAGGCAGUCCCACCAAUACGGUUUAUGCUCAGAUCCUCUUUGAAGAAAACAAGCUGUAACCUCACGUCUGUCCGUGCUUUAUGUAAAUGUUGUAUUUAAUACUGACCAUGCUGUUAUUUAUGAAAUUGCAAAAACAAAGGCCUUAUUUUUUUACUGCACUUCUAUAUUUCCUGGAAACUCUUGCUAGCUUGGUUUAAAUGAUGGAAGCAGGCACAAAAUUAGCCUCUGAAAAAUGACGAGGAGAAAUACUUACAGAUUGAAUCCCCUAUAAGAUGGGUGAUUGCUCCAAACUCUCGCCAGUGGUCUUUUUUAAAAUCUUUUAGCAAGGAGGAUCAGCUUUCUUUUAUGUAUUUCCUUUUAUAUAUAUAUCCUGAGCCAGGGCCUCAAUGUCUUCUGUGGUACUUUCUAAAUGGAGAGACUAUAUUGCUUACUUUUCCUGUAUGCACUGUUCUUAAUCCUGUAAGCUACAAGAAGAGGCAAUGUUUGAUGUUUAUUAAAGCAUCAGAUAGCUGAUAAAUAUUAGUGGUUCUAAGAGGAUCAGAUAAAGUUGAUAUAGGAUCUGGUAGCUACUAAGGUCAUGCUUUAAAAAUUUAAAACAAUGUCCAUUGUUCUGAUCACAUACAGGAACCUUCCUGAAUAACACUCAAAGAACAGACAGCCUUUAAAGUACAGUGCUUUCUAACUGGUGCUGGGUGGUAUACUGGUGACAUCUGGUUGGAUUCUGGCCACGCUGGUCGGCUUUGAGAUGUACCUUUACAUAUUUCAUACUGUCACCUUUGAUUUCACACGUGUACACGUGUGCCCCCAAGCUUAGGAUAGUGCUCACAUGUGCAAGAUCCUGGGAUUUGGGAGCAUUGCUGAUGAAAUCCCAUGAUGAUUUGCUGAUGAAUUGCUGAAUGAGAAGCAGCGUGGCUCAGUGGAAA